AUGGAUAUAAAUACUGAUAAUCGUCGUCAAUCAUCAUCAAAUGAUAAACGUAUACAUAAUAUUAAUUAUGUGCGACAAGUUUUACGAAAAUUUUUUGGUAGUUAUAAUAAAAAAUCUUCAUCAAUAACAAAUUUUGAUGAUAUUUCUUAUGAACAAUUACAAACAACGAAUAUUAUUAAGAAUAAUUCUAUAUCAUCAAUAUUAAUACAUCCAUGUUUACAAUAUGAUAAACAUAGAAAAUUUUCUGGUGAAUUAUUAUUUGAUUGGUUUUUGAGCCAUUUUGAAGAUCGUUAUGAAAAUUUAACAUUAAUUAAACAAGUUAUUUUACAAUGUUGUACAUGUCUUAUUUUUCUUGGUGUACUUCGUAUAGAAAGUAUUGAAAAUAAUGAUUUAUUUCAAGCACAAAGUGUGUAUUCAUGGGCAACUAACAUAAAUGAUGAAGAUACAAAUAUUAAAUUAUUACCAUCAAGAAUAUCCAUUAAUCAUUAUCUGGUUGAAAGUAAAGAAUAUAACUAUAGCACAUCGACAGAGACAACCAUUUUUGAUAUUCUUAAAAACGAAUACGGUUUACAUUCUGAUAUUGAACCAAGUGACAAAAAGUCAAUAUCUACACAAUACGAUCUUUUUAAUGAAAUAGAAAAGAUCGACAAAUCAAUACAAACAGAUCAAAUAAAUUUAGCUCUUGUUCCUUAUUCUAAGCAAUGUUUAACAUUUAAUAUUUAUAAUUCCAUGUCAUCAUCAAUUGUAACAAAUUCAGAUUGUGAAUCAUCAUCUUCAACAUCAAAUUGUUAUGAUGAUAUUACUAUGCGACGAACAAUGCAUAAAUUAUUAUCAUAUGUUAAUAAUAAUGAUUCUUCAUUAUCUGUUGAUGAUACCGUUCAUUCAUCUGUUUCAUCUUCACUUGUUCUUCAUCCUUCACUAUCAUACAAAACUAAUCAUACAAAAUUUACAAGUGAUUUAUUAAUUGAUUGGUUAACAUUAAAUUGUGAUACAAGAAAUUCUUCUACACAACCAUUUGUUAAACAACUUAAAUCAUGUUUACAUUCCAAUAUGAAUUCAAAUGAUAGUGAUCUUCGAAAAGUUUUAAACUUACGUAGCUCAAAAGAUGAGUCCAAAUCUUUGGUAUCAUCUGGUUCUAAAGCUCAUCAAAAUGUCAACGAUGAUGUAUGCUCACUUUUAUCAAAUCCUAUUAUUGAAGUUGAUGAAAAAUCAGAAUCAACUGAUGGGUCAUCUUCCAUAUCAAACAUUCCAUUACCAAUACCUCCACCUCCUCCACCACCGCCAUUCUUUACUAUUGUUUCACCAACGAUCACAUCGCCUUCUCCAUCUAUUCCACCACCACCACCUCCUCCUCCUCCUUUUCCAGACUUUUGUAAUUCACCACCUUCGCCUUUUUCUGGUUUUGGUGUUCCACCACCACCACCUUUUUCAAUAUUGACUGGCCCACCACCACCUCCAUCAUUUCCAGGCUCGGCUGGUUCGCCGCCGCCGCCACCUCCUCCUCCAUUUCCUGGUUUUGGUAUUCCACCACCACCGCCACUACCAUCAACAAUGGGCUCAGGUGGACCCCCGCCACCACCUCCAAUGAUGCCGGGCUUUGGUGUUCCACCACAAUUACCACAAUAUUUACGUAAGAAACAAAAAUAUGCUGUGACUGAACCAGUUAAAAAAGUUCAAUGGAGUAAAAUAAAUCCACAUACGAUUAAAAAAGAUUCUAUGUGGGUUCAUGUCGAUGAAGAAAAAUAUGUUAAUGAUGAACUUUUUUCUGAUAUACGAAAAAAUUUUGCAAGUAAAAUAGCUCCAACUAGACAACCUAUUCAUGAUCUUGUUGAUAAAUCAAAAGAAUUGCGUGUUCUUGAUGCUAAAGCUGCACAAAAUUUUGCUAUAAUGUUCAGUCAAUUGAAGGCACCACCAUCAGUUUUUCGUGAAUGGAUGCUUUCAUGUGAUAAUGAAUAUUUAAAAGAUGAUUUUAUUAAACAAUUAGAAAAAUAUUUACCAACACCAGAAGAAUUAAAAAUAUUAGCUGAUUAUAAAAAUGAAAUUAAUGAUUUACAAUAUUCAGAACAGUAUUUUUGUGCUAUCGGUGAUAUAAAACGAUUAAAACAACGUUUAAAAACUCUUUUAUUUAAAGCAAAUUAUAAAGAAACAGUUGAAGAAACAGAUAAAGCAUUUGUUGAAGUUCAUACUGCAUGUGAUCAUGUUCGACAUUCUAUAAAAUUUAAAAAAAUGCUUGAAUUAAUAUUAACAGUAGGAAAUUAUAUGAAUUCAAGUGCAAAAUCAUAUGAACCUGUACAUGGAUUUGAUAUUAGUUUUUUACCUAAAUUACAUUCAACAAAAGCAAAUGAUGGUCGUCGUUCAUUACUUCAUUUUAUUGUUCAAGCAAUAGAAAAUAAACAUCGUGAUUUACUUUCAUUUUCUGAUGAAUUCUAUUCACUUGCUGAUGGUAUAUCCAAAAUUAAUAUACUUGAAUUACAAAAACAACCAAAAGAAAUCAAUAAAGAAUUAAAAAAUGCUCGAGAAGAAUUAGAUAUUGCAAAAAAUAUUGAAGAACAAAUUGAUGGAGAUAAAUUUGUUGAAUCAAUUGAAGAUUUUAUUAUUCGAGCUGAUAAUGAUGUUACACGAUUAGAACAAUUAGAUGGAGAAAUGACACAAGCUUAUCAAAAUCUUUGUGAUUUUUUAGCUAUUGAUCCAAAAAAUUAUUCACUUAAUGAAUUUUUUACAGAUCUUAAAUCAUUUUGUUCUUUCUUUUCGACAUGUCUUCAAGAAGUUCGAGCAUGGCGUGAACAAGCAGCAAAAGCAGCUAAAUUAUCUCAAAAUUUAAUGUCUACUUCGCAAUAUUUUAUUCGAACAUCUUCACGUCGUUUUCCUACACGAUCUGAUUCAACUGAUGAUUUUAUAUUGGCUGCUGCCGAAAGUUUUGCUUCAUCAUCACGUGGUUCAUCUCCAUCUAUAGCAUAUCGUCGACAGACUCUCGAUAUUCCCGAUGAUUCAACAACAGUAACAAAUCGUCGUCCAUUAUCACGUAUUGAAGAUUUAAUUGAUAAACGUAAAACAAAUCGUGGAUUAACACCAACAGUAACUCCAACUAAAAAACGAUCACAAUCAUAG